AUUUUAGAAACGCGGGGUCUCUCCCUCCCUCCUCCCCUGACUCCUUCCAGACCCUCCUGACCGAGCGGGAUCUUUGGCGCUCAGCUUGUUUCGUAAUUUUUUCCCCUCCUUUUUCUUAUCUUUUACUUUCCCAUCUCUCUUCUAAUCCGCUCACUGUCAAAAACCCAGAGCGAAGAACACACCAAAACCCAAACAACCAAAUCUGAAUCGGACCUCCACGAUCCAUCUUCGCCAUCCAUUUCGUCAUCCUUCUCAUAUCCUGCUCCAUUUAUUUUGAAAUCCAAUCUAGACCCAAAAUCCCUAAUGCUCAAAUCACAAACCCUAACACCUCAGCCCCAAAUACGUCCUUCAAUCUCACAUGCUCUCUCUUGAUUCUUUAAUCCCUUGUCUUCUCCAGUUUUCGUUAAGGAUUGGGUUAGUUCUAUGAGGGUUGAGUUAAUUAUCGACUCAUGACAGAUUACCAAAGACAUUGGAAGAAAUAUUGAUUUCCAGAUCACCGAGCUGUUCAUGACUAACCAUCUCAUUCUGGUUAUUCUGCUUUGCCUCGUUUUGGAAAGAUACCAAACAUGUGGUAGAAAUUUUGGGUUGCAAGUCCCAAUCUGAGAUUGAACCGUAAAAAUCUCAUUCUUGCCAUCCUGCUUUGCCUCAUAUUGGAAAGGUUGCCGGUGUUUCUAUUUGUGUUGGGGCUUGGUAUAUUUGUUUCUUCUUUUGCUAAAGAUCACAUAGAAAAACAUAUACAGUACCUUGAUUGUAACUAGAUUUUGUUGUGUGAUGUAUUGAUUUGAUUGUGAUUUAUGAAGCUCACUUUCACGACGAAAGAGAUUGAUGUAACAGAAUGGAAAGGGGGCCUGCUUGCGGUUGGUGUUACAGAGAAGGACUUGGCGAAAGAUCAGAACUCGAAAUUUGAAAAUCCGAUAUUGAAGAAGCUGGAUUCCUGUUUGGGUGGGGUGUUGGCUGAUGUCUUGACUGAGGAGGACUUCACAGGAAAGUCUGGCCAGUCUACUGUUGUUAAGCUUCCUGGUCUUGGCUUGAAGAGGGUUGGCUUGUUUGGGCUUGGACAAUCUGCUUCGUCUACAGAAGCUUUUAAGGGUCUUGGGGAGGCUGCAGCAGCAAUGGCAAAGACUGCUCAAGCAAGUGAUAUUGCUAUUGUGCUUGCUUCCUCGGAGGGGCUUUCUGCGAAAUCUUGCAAAGCUUCUGCGAUAGCAUCUGGAGCUGUUUUGGGGAUAUAUGAAGAUAAUAAGUAUAAAUCUGAGUCAAAGAAACCAGCUCUUAAGUCUGUGGACAUUCUUGGUCUUGGAACUGGACCUGAACUUGAGAAGAAGCUCAAGUAUGCUCAAGAUGUUGCUUUUGGAAUAAUACUUGGGAAAGAGCUCACGAAUUCACCUGCCAAUGUUCUCACACCCGGGAAACUAACAGAAGAGGCCUCAAAUAUUGCUUCCUUAUAUAGUGAUGUUCUAUCUGCAAAAAUAUUAAAUGAAGAGCAAUGCAAAGAUCUGAAAAUGGGUUCCUAUUUGGCUGUGGCUGCAGCCUCAGCAAAUCCUCCACAUUUUAUUCACUUGACCAACAAACCCCCUGGUGAACCUGCUAAGCUUAAAUUAGCAUUGGUGGGUAAAGGUCUGACUUUUGAUAGGUGGUUACAGAUUGACUUAGAACAAUGUAUUUUUUACCCUAGACUCUAGUCCUCAUAAGUCAUAACUCUUGGAAUAGAAGAAUAGCAUUGUUAGUAUACAUUAGAUGCCUGUAAAUGUUGUGAAGUCCUAUAAGUGGUUGGUAUUUUUUUAAAUAAAAGUUCAAUGCUUCUCUUAUUUGUCUAUUA